AUCGCAUCCCUCCUGAGCUCCCCCGUCAUCACGGCGCCGAGCCUCAUCGACACCAAGCACUCUCUGAGACGACCACCAUCCCUGACACGUCGACGAGGACGUCAAAGCUAGCCUCACAACGUUGCUAGCUGCCCUCAAUACGACUGCUUGACCACGACAACCAACCCCCUCACGACUAACGACUAACGCACAUCCAUCCACCAUGGCGCCGCCAACCACCGAACAGAACUUCCGUGCCAACCUAUCGCAAUUCAGAUGGGCGCGCAGCGCCAAUGACGACUCUGCGCAAGCCGCACAACCGCAGGCGGCAGCGAACCCGUUCUCGCGGUUCUACCAGACGAUCGCGAGCGACUACAUCCCGCUACGCUCGAGCGAGCGGUCAAAUGAGGACGAGGCGUGGUUCGCGCUGUCGCGGUGGGAGAGAUUACUAGGAUUUGGUGGCUGCUUGAUCGGUGCGGCAGUCUGCUUCUUUGUAUCUUUCAUGACCUUGCCAUUGUUGGCCGUAAGACCAGCGAAGUUCGCCCUCGCUUUCAGCUUGGGAUCCGUCCUUGUGAUGUUUGGGUUCUCCGUCCUCAUCGGUCCUAUAAACCACAUCAAGCACCUCAUUUCAACCGAGCGCCUCCCCUUCUCCCUCGUCUACUUUGGCAGUCUCGGCCUCACAUUGUACUUUUCGUUGGGGGCCCAUUCCUACAUCGGCUCGCUCGUCAGCGCGAUCAUACAAGUCGUCGCGCUCGUCUCCUACGUGCUCGCCUACUUCCCCGGUGGUACGCAAACGCUACGGAUGGGUGGCUCACUUGCGUUGAGGGGCGCGGGAAGCUUGUUGCCGAGGUGAUGGAUGUCAACAAGGCAACGAUGGAGGCGCUGCUAUGGACGAGGAGGCGCACGCGAAGGAGGAAAAUGCUCUGCGGGAAGGGGAAGGGCACGUACCUACCCUUCAAGGCACAAGCUUUGGCUAAGUUUUCCCAGCACCUCAGACGACGUGGAGAUUCGCCCAUUGACGAUGUGUUGCUUAUUCUGAGUGUACAUUCAUUGCAAACUGGACGGAAGUGCUGGUCAUAUAUAUUUUUAUGCACGGUUCUCAUGUCAGUUCACGAUAGUCAGAUGCUGCACCUCGAGGUCCGAAUUUUCAUCUCCUUAUCGCUUACGCCUUGCAGAUUCUAUUUUGGUCGAGCACGGGCAGCGCAGUGAAC